AUGGAGGAUGCACCUGAUGAUCAGCAAAACCAGCAAGAAGCAAAACAGCGGGAGUCAGAAAUGAGGAACAGUAUUCUUGCUCAGGUCUUAGAUCAAUCUGCUCGUGCUAGAUUGAGUAAUUUGGCUCUGGUGAAGCCUGAGAAAGCCAAAUCGGUGGAGAAUUACCUUAUACAGAUGGCAAGGUUUGGGCAGCUUGGUGGAAAAAUUUCUGAAUUAGAAUUGAUUGAAAUCCUUGAGAAAGUCAACCAACAAACAGGAAAGCAAACUAUUGUCAAGUUUAACAGAAGAAGAGUAAUGGAUUCUGAUGAAGAGGAUGAUUACUGACUUCUGAACGUCCAAAAACUUAAUUUAAUAAUAUGGGGAAUUACAGCGAGAAAACUAUGCUGACAGAGGAUGGAUGGAUGUAUUUGAUAUUUUUCCCCUUGUUUACUGAGAGAGUUUUUCUCUGUAUAGUUUGAUAUCUGUGGGUGGAAAUAACAAAUUCUUGAUAACUUGGUGGUUCAGAAUGCUGUUUAGAAGGCAUAGGUGGGUGGUUGUGUGGAAAUUUACAUGACUGACUUUUUGAAAAGGCGGAACACCACCUUGACAAAACAAUUUCUCUGAUUAUCCCACUCACUACUCUGAGAACAGCCACUAAGGCCAAGUACAAUUGUGUGCAGGUAAUCCUGAUGUCUAAAUGGAGGAAAUAUUUGCAGUUUCAUUUCAAUCAAGUUUGAAUUAAACUGCUCCAAUGUGGAAUAUUAGAAACAAACAUGACAUGUAAAUUGGGGAUUUUGUGCAAGAAAAGAAAUAUGUAACUUGUUUUGCAUACUUAAGUGUUGUUCUUUUUUAACUUUAAUCUUUAGGGACUGCAUUUAUGGAAAAUUGUUGGCAGACAAACAGAUUUUCAGUCCAUAGACUCUAUGAACCACAAUGUACUCCCUACUGGGAGUGUGCAGUUGGCCUUUUUUGUUUUGUUAUUAUGUGGGUAACAAUUCUGAAAUUUAAUUUAAAAAGUUACCUUUCAAUCAAUUCCCAAAUUUUGUCCAAACCUCAUUGCCUGUACAAUAAUAAAGAUGUACUUCAUUUCA